AUGUCGAAUACCGAUUCUCCCCCGCACACAAAAGAGUACCCUUCUACUCACGACCCCGAGAACAACAUACAACAAACAGAACACACCGAAGAGAAGGGAAAUUCUUCAGCUGUCAAGGCUUUGGGAUGGCUUGAUCGUUUACUGGCAUUAUGGAUUCUUCUUGCAAUGAUUAUUGGUAUCCUGUUGGGUAACUUUGUCCCUUCUACUGGCGCUGCUUUGGAAAAGGGCAAAUUUGUUGGUGUUUCAGUUCCUAUAGCUAUUGGUUUACUUGUUAUGAUGUAUCCUAUCCUGUGCAAAGUCCGAUAUGAGAGUCUCCACGAGGUCUUCUCCCAGCGCGACGUCUGGAAACAAAUCCUCUUUAGUAUCUUUAUUAACUGGAUCGUUGCACCCUUUGUGAUGCUUGGCCUGGCAUGGGCCUUCCUCCCAGACAAGCCAGAACUCCGCGUCGGUCUCAUCCUCGUCGGCCUUGCACGAUGCAUCGCCAUGGUGUUGAUAUGGAAUGGUCUCGCCGGCGGUGACAAUGAAUACUGCGCUAUCCUCGUGGCUAUAAACUCGAUCCUCCAGAUGGCUCUGUACGCGCCAAUGGCGAUCUUCUUCAUCAGCAUUAUCAGUGGAGAAGAAGGUCACCUCGAAGUGUCAUAUUCGACUGUCGCCACAAGCGUAGCAGUCUUUCUCGGCAUUCCCCUCGCUGCCGCCAUGAUUACUCGCUUCUCCCUGCGCAAGCUGGCUGGACCUGAGUGGUAUGAGCGAGUCUUUAUAUGCAUUAUUUCCCCUUGGUCUCUUAUCGGUCUGCUAUACACUAUCCUCAUCCUUUUCGCUUCGCAAGGCCAUCAAGUGGUUCACCAGAUCGUGUCCGUCGUGCGUGUCGCGGCGCCUUUAAUCGUUUACUUUGUGGUCAUCUUCUUUGCGACGCUACUCAUCUCCCGACGCCUUGGAUUUGGAUACCCGCUUUCGACAACACAGAGCUUUACAGCCGCGAGCAACAAUUUCGAGCUCGCUAUUGCAGUAGCCAUUACUGCCUUUGGUCCAAGCAGCGAUCAAGCGCUCGCGGCGACGGUUGGGCCGUUAAUAGAAGUUCCGGUGCUUUUGGGGUUGGUGUAUCUGCUUCGUUGGGUCUCUGAUCGAUGGAACUGGAAGAUAUAG